AUAUUUGAAGUUGUUUGUUUCUUUGUACUGCAGCCAAGCUAAAAGAGCUAUUGUUGACCGUCUAUUUUUAGUAUUUCAGCAUUCAUUAUAAAUUUUUUCCAAGUUUGUUGUGCUAUCUUAGUGUGAAAAUGAUUAGGGACUGCGAUUUUUCUGAACACUAGCUAAAAGUGAUAUAAUUUGUGUGUGUUCUCGAAGGAAGGUGAAAAUAGUGGACUCGUCCUAUAUCAGCUUUGUGUAAAAUUUGUUUGUAUUCCAAAAAUCUGAACUAAAACACUCAAACUACUUGCAAAGUGGUUAUCAUUUGGUUUAAACUGUUUGUAAUGUGCCCAAAUUACUUAUUGAGCAAGAUAUCUGUAAGGCGUACCUUUGUGCCGACGGUUAGUCUCCUUCAUUCAAAAAGAAAAGGAAUAUUCAUACAUCCCACAGCAAUGUUUAAAAACUGUUUAUUUAAUAGUAGUGCUUGCAUACCGUUUAGACAAUAAAUCAUUGUAAAAGUGUUUUAUAAUCGUUUGAGUUCCUUGCUACUUAUAAUAUAUCAGCAAAGAUGAAGUUGCUCGAGAGUACAAGAUUUGAAGCCAUCAACAAUGCCCUAUGUAUACAAACAGGCGACAGUAAAAUCAUUGGUCGUAUCGAAAGUUAUUCAUGCAAAAUGGCAGGUACAGACAAAGCCCUCUAUAAGAGAUUCAAUGCUGAAGGUGUCAAUCCCAGUGAUCUACAAGCACUUUCACCACCACAAGGAGUCUCCCCAGGCCAUUCCCAAUACAGCAGAAGUGUUUCCGGGGAUGAAGAAGGCCCUUUAUGUGAUACUAUUAGCCGCAAAACACUGUUUUACCUAAUAGCAACACUAAACUCUGCAUUUCCAGACUAUGACUUCAUGAAUGUUAAGAGUCACGAAUUCAGUAAAGAACCUUCAAGACAAUGGGUGACAAACGCCAUCGAUACGAACCUAGCCGCGACAGUCGGAGAACACUACCGUCUGCUAGGACCAUCCAUGUGGGCGGCGAUCGAUGACGAAAUCUCUUUGGAGAAUUGUGAUAUUUAUUCUUACGAGCCAGACCUCAUUUGCGACCCUUUCGGCGAAGAUGGCUGUUUAUGGAGCUUUAAUUACUUCUUCUACAAUAAGAAACUGAAGAGAAUUGUGUUUUUUACCUGCAGAGCCAUCAACCCAAGAUACACUGUUGAUUCUGGUUUUGGAAGCGAUUUCAUCAUGGACGAAGAUGAAUCGUACUAAAAACCACCCACUUACAGCAGAUGGAGCGGGCCUUUAAUUUUUGGCAGGCUCCGAAAUAACGGCGCCCUCGCGGUGUAUCAGCACAAUUUCUUUAAAAAAAUUGUGUGAGCAUAAAAAUCUUUUGGUGAGAGCAAAAGUACAAAUUACAUUAACAACCUAGCUUGUAAGAUUUUAGUUUUAAGGUAUUAUCAAAGAUUAGAUACGAUAGUGUCCACAGUUUUUUUAUCGAUUGUACACUUUUCACGGAUUGUUGUACAACUCUUUUUUCUUUCUUAGCGUAGGAUAAGUAUAGGCCAGUGAUGACGUACUAAUAAAUGUAGAGUAUUAUUU